AUGGGGGCACCGUUCGAGGGAAUCAUUCAAGAUGUUAAAGGAAGAGUUAAAUGCUAUAAACAAGAUUGGGUCUGUGCAAUCUGUUCUGGUGUUAGCAUAUUGGCUCCAACUUUCUACAUAUUCUUUGCUUCUGCACUUCCUGUUAUUGCAUUUGGAGAGCAACUUAGUAGGGAUACAAAUGGAAGCUUGAGCACAGUCGAAACAUUAGCAUCUACUGCUAUUUGUGGAAUUAUCCACUCGAUUAUAGGUGGCCAACCUUUGUUGAUUUUAGGAGUUGCGGAACCGACUGUUAUAAUGUAUACUUAUCUCUACAAUUUCUGCAAAAAUACACCUGAUUUGGGUGCUGAGCUCUUUCUAGCUUGGGCUGGUUGGGUUUGUUUUUGGACGGCGUUCAUGUUAAUUUUGCUUGCAAUUUUUAAUGCUUGCAAUAUUAUCACUAGAUUUACAAGAAUUGCAGGGGAGUUAUUUGGCAUGCUUAUCACUGUUCUUUUCUUUCAAGAGGCUAUAAAGGGACUGGUAGGCGAGUUCAGCAAUCCCAAAGUUGAAGAACCUUCCUCGGAGCAAAUUCAAUGGCAGUAUACAAAUGGAUUACUUGCAGUCAUUUUUUCUCUAGGACUAAUCGUCUCCGCACUUAAAAGCAGAAGAGCAAGAACAUGGCGAUAUGGAACAAGGAAACUACGAGGCUUUAUUGCAGAUUAUGGGGUUCCAAUGAUGGUUGUGUUGUGGACUGCAGUAUCUUAUAUAAAGCCAAGCACUGUUCCACAUGAUGUUCCUAGAAGGCUGUUUUGUCCACUUCCCUGGGAACCCGCGUCUCUUUAUCACUGGACAGUAGCGAAGGAUAUGUGGAAGUGUGGCUUCUAA